UAUCUCCCACCCUCGAUGGCAUAACCAUUAUAAUUAGCCGCCUACGAAUAUUACGGGGGCUCCAGCUUCACCGCAGUGUCACCAAAUCUGCCUCGAAUGAUCAGAUUAUUUCACAAUAAAAAUCGUUACAAGUGGCACAACGGGAGAGUGCCUUUCAGGCAGUAAUUGGUGAAGUUUUUUCGAGAAUAACAAGUGUCGUGACAGUUUGAUACCGAGAGUUUGAGGAAUAUGGUUAUAUUUAGUGCAUGACGUCUAGUCUUCCUGAGACGUUACGGGUCCACCCCCUCUGCCGCAGUAAUAAUCUCUAUUUGAAGCAGUUAAUUGUUUAAAAAACAAGUUGAAGUUUUUAAGGAGAAAAAAUGGAGGAUAUAUUCCAGUGGUGUCGUGAAGGAAACGCUAUGCAGGUUCGGGUUUGGCUCGAUGAUACUGAACAUGACAUGAAUCAAGGGGAUGAUCAUGGAUUUAGUCCGCUUCAUUGGUGCGCCAAAGAGGGCCACUCAAAACUGGCGGAGUUGCUGGUGAGCAGAGGUGCGAGGAUAAAUGCAACAAACCGAGGUGAUGACACUCCUCUUCAUCUAGCCGCUGCCCACGGCAACCGGGAAAUAGUGCAAUUGCUUCUGCGCAACAGAGCGGACGUCAAUGUUACGAAUGAACACGGUAACACAGCUCUGCACUAUGCUUGCUUCUGGGGGGACCAAGCAGUCGCGGAGGACCUGGUUGCAGCCGGUGCACUUGUUUCAAUUGCCAAUAAAGACGGGGACACCCCCUUGGACAAAGCCAGAGGGCCCCUAGCCAAACGUCUUCAUGAUUUGGCGGUGGAGUUCGGCCAAGAUCUGAAGAAGAUUCAAUUCAAAGAUCAAAGUUGGCUGGGAUUAAAGACCAGAAGUCGUGAUGCAACUCUAUCCAGACACAAGGGGAUAAAUAUGGCUGAACUAUCACUACACACACACUUGGCAAGCACCCCAAGCGGCGAGACUUGGCGUGGACGCUGGCAAAACAACGACAUUGUCGCUAAAAUUCUCAAUCUGAGAGAGUGCACAGCUCGCAUAUCGCGUGAUUUCAAUGAAGAAUUUCCAAAGCUGAGAAUCUUUUCCCACCCCAAUGUUCUUCCUGUCCUGGGCUGCGUUAAUCAGCCACCGCAGCUGGUCACAGUGUCUCAGUACAUGGCAAGGGGCAGCCUGCAUCGUCUCCUGCACGGUGGUACCGGUGUUGUUGUUGAUACAGCACGUGCGCUACGACUAGCACUCGAUGUUGCCCGAGCCAUGGCUUUCCUGCACGGUCUCGAGAGGCAGAACAGAUGUAGAUUCCACUUAAACAGCAAACACGUUAUGAUCGACGAGGACCUCACAGCUCGUGUCAACAUGGCAGAUUCAAAAUUUUCAUUCCAAGAAGUUGGGCGAAUUUAUGAACCAGCAUGGAUGUCACCGGAGGCACUCAGUAAACGAUCCUCUGACAUAAAUUUGGAGGCAAGCGACAUGUGGAGCUUUGCCGUUCUAUUGUGGGAACUGGCAACUCGCGAGGUACCAUUCGCCGAUCUCUCGCCUAUGGAGUGUGGGAUGAAGAUUGCUCUGGAGGAUCUACGAGUGGAAAUACCUCGUGGAAUUUCACCUCACCUCGCUAAACUCAUUCGCAUUUGCAUGAAUGAGGAUCCAGGUAAACGUCCCUCUUUCGACAUGGUCGUACCAAUUUUGGAUAAAAUGAAGCGUUAAUUAUGAUCAAUUGUAUUGAUUUAAAAACGCACAACUUCAAUGGUGUUCAAUAAAUCUAACUCUCGAACUAAUAUAGAUUAAGAAUGUAUGGAGGAAGUUGUAGAAUAACAUAGGACUGAUUUUUACGAUUCCCGAAAAUCACUGGUGCUCUCCCCAUUCUUUUUUAUCACUAUUUCAAAUGAAGAAAUAAUUCAUGUUAUAUUUUUUAUACAAUAUUCUCUCUCGAAACUGACCAGAACAGAAAAAAGUCCAGCAAUGAUUGUGCCUUAAUAUAAUCCAAUUGAUCAUAACCAGAUCAAUGAAACAAAGUAAUUAAAUGAUAACCAAUUGUUGGUAAUUGAUAAAUAUAUUUAUACCAAAAAUUUGGUCUUUCUGAAAACAAGAUAAUUAGAGACAUAUACACGUUUAAUUAAUUAACGAAAAUAUUUUUUAAUACAUCAUGAUGGUGUUUCAUGACAAUGACUGACAAAUCACUGUCAUUUUUAUACAUGUUAUAUGUUGGAGGUCGUCUAAAAAUAAAUCCUCAAAUGUGUCUAAAUUUUCUUCUUUCAUAUUUCACGUGGAAAGUUCCUUUUCCCCGGUUUGAUUAAACAAAAUCAUCGAUCGAUAACCAAUUAUUCGUACUUGAGGAAUAUUUUUAUAUAAAAAAUGUGGCAUUUCUGAAAAGAAGAUGUUUAGAAUCAUAGAUACUUUUAUUUAUUUAAAGAGAAUAGUUUUGAUGACGGUAGAUAAUGUUAUUGUGACAAUGACUGGCAAUCACUGUCAAUUUUAUACAUGUUAUAUGGAAAAUCAUCUGGAAAUAAAUCCUCAAAUAUGUCUA